GCUGUAAUGUAAUUGGUGUCAAAUUUAAGUAAACAUCAACACGCCAAUUGUUUCAUUAUGUAGGAAAAGCGUCAUAGGAGAUGCUAAAAUAACAGACAGUCAUCAAUUCCAGAAUGUGUUCAACCCCAUCAUACAGGAAGAAGAACUAACAUGCAGUCGUCUAGAGACUACAUGGAGUAACGUCUUUCCUACAGUCAUGCCACAGUCAGUAGUUUUAAAUGAAAGUGACCCAUCAUAUGACUGGAAAAUGGACAAAGAACUUGGUCUAAUAUUGCACGAAGUGUUCGAAAUGAGUUACACAAUUCCAUUUAUUCAAUCUCUCAAACAAUUUCUGGAAAUCAAAUCUGUACAUGACGCAGUUGGGAAUAACUUCCACAACAACACGCGUGUGAAUUCUGAAGUUUACUCUGAUGUUUGGGACGGAAAAUUUGUUAAACGAGACCCUGAGUUUAUAAAUUUGAACGGUGCUAUUCUCGGAUUUCAAAUUUAUAUGGACGAAGUUGAACUAGCAAAUCCCCUUGGAAGUAAAAAGGGAAAGCAUAAAGUGUCAGUGUUUUACUGGGUUUUAAUGAAUCUUCCUCCCCGAUUUCGCUCUUGCUUAAGAUCUAUUUUACUGUUGGGAAUUGUGAGUAGCGAUUUAUUGAAACAAAGGUGGGUGUCUACUUUUUUGCGUCCAUUCUUAGAUGACUUAAUCUUAUUACGAAAAGGUUUCUCGUUAACCGUCAGGAACGAGACAAAGAAAUGGCACAGCAUGUUGUUAAAUUUUGUUGGGGACAUUCCAGCUUCAAACUUCGUAGCUGGAUUUAAAGAGGGUGUUGGAUUUGCCAAUUUACCUUGUCGAUCUUGCAUGACUCAUAAAGACCAACUUGAAACAAUUCAUCGUGAAGCAAAUUGCAUUAUGAGGGACAAGAUUUCUCACCAAUUUUAGGUUGCCCAAGUUGAAAAUAUUGAAGAAACACAAGCAGUUCACGAUUCUCUGUCCAUUCUUUUUGGCAUAA